AAAAGUUGUUGCAUUUCAUUUCACUUUUAUUUUGUUCAAUACUAUAUCAGAUUAGGUUUAAAAACUUAACCGCAGCAUGGAGCAAUCUCUUGAUUAUUACGAUGCUGGUCGUUUGCAAUCAUUUAGUGAUGCAGUUGCUGCGAUCGUAGCUACAAUUCUUAUUUUACCGUUACGGAACGUGCUGGUGUCUGACAAGGGAUCGUUCGUGGAAUAUUUGCAAAGCCAUCAAGACCUUAUCAUUGUAUAUUUUGUUGCCUUUCUUGUCAUUUGUUCGGUCUGGGAGUCUCACAUUAUGCGAUGGAUAGUGAUUUCUAGUGUGGACGAUGUUCUUGUUUGGUUAAAUAUUACAAGCCUGUUAUUUGUCUCAUUCCUACCCUUUGUUGUCCGUCUUGUUGGUCAAUACACUCAAGAGAAAACACCAAUUGUACUUGCCUGUGGUUUAUUAUUGGUUUUGGAACUUAUUGAACUUAUAAUGAUUUUUUACACUUUUACUCAACACAAACUUUUACGCGCAGAAUUAAAGAAUUCUCUACCUUUCGAGUUACAACAAAAGAGAAACUAUAUAUUGAAACGCAAGUUAUUGAACCCCGUAUUGUAUAUAUUUGGAGCUGGUUUGAGUUUUGUUAGUGUUAAAAUUUCUUGGGUGCUCAUCAUUUUGGUUGUCAUAGCACCAUGCAUUAACCGUUUAGUUGAGGUGCUUACUUAUAAGAUUCGAUUUUUGCGAGAAGAACAGCACAUGUUUUUGUAUGAGAAUAUAAUUUGCAAAGAGAGAGUUGAGUGUUAUUCUGAUGGUGUUUAUGCUAUUGUUGCAACCUUGCUUGUUCUUGAUAUCACUGCAGACAACUUCCCAACUAAUGAUAAAGUUAAAAAGGAUGGCAUAGAAAAGACAUUGGCCAACAUGCGAUCCGAGUACCUUACAUAUGUUGGUACUUUUGCUGUGUGUGGUUUACUUUGGUUUGUUCACUAUUCCUUGUUUUACUCCCUCAAAAAAGUGAAUUAUCUAAUGAUGAUAGUAAACAAUGUAUCAUUAUCUUGUGUUGGAACACUACCAUUCCUUGUAUCUAUCCUUAACAAGUAUGUGGACAGUGAACACAAAAAUGACAGACAUGCUAUUCAGUUUGGUUGUUUAAUAGUUGGUGUUGCUGGGCUGUGCCAGUUUAUGAUAUUCACCAUUGCUCUUGGUAAUAGUCAGCGAUAUUUGACACAUCACGUGAUUCCUGUUGGUUCUCGGACAGCAAGUCAUAACUACCUUCUCAUAAAGUUACUCAUUAUUCCAAUGAUGGCUAUUAUCAUAUUUGGGACCAGUUUUGCAAACAUGUUUGAGGCUUAUAUUUCAUAUAAUGUUCUUGUAUUAGCAACUCCACUUCUCUUUAUUUUUAUCAAGUUUGUGUAUUGUUGCAUCAUGAAGAAUCAAGUUGUUAUAAUGAAUGUUAUUCAGGAUGAACAGCCGGAAUGGUCCAACCCAACUACUUCAAAUCCUCUAAAUACAGGUGCAACAUUUAGUGCAUCAUAUGACCAGUAUAAGUAGCUAAUGGUUAUAAUAAUUUGUUUAAAGUCAUGCAAAUCAAGUAAAUAUUCUUCAUUAGCACUGUAUGUUAAUUAACAGUGUUGCUGUAAAGGUUUCUUUCCUGUGUAUAUAUAUAUGCAUGAGCUUAAAUAAUGUAAUCUUGUUGUAGAAUUGUUAUAGGUUGUUAAUAUAAUAACAUGUGAAUUUAAAUUAUGAUAUCAGGGUUUGACAUACGGGCUUAUAUAACAUGACCACUGAUACAGGGUCAUGAUCCUGUAUAAUAUAGCAGUAUUUUUGUUAGUGCGGAAUGCUCCAAAAACACUCUUUAAAUGAGGUUUAACUUGUCACAAAUAUUUGUUAGCUGUAUUAUCAAUCAAUCAAGGUAAUCCCACUAAGUAAAAAUGUCAGAAGGCCGAAUGACAAUGUGCGUAAUAAUGCACGUGAUAGCAAGUUUAAACAAAAUGUUUUUUUCGCCUUGGACAAAUAUUUUCAAAAUAG